AAUAAGUGUAAUUAUAUUUUUCGAGCUGUCAAAGUAUAUCAUUAGUUACAAAAGAUUGGGUGAUAAAUUAACUUACACCAGAAAUCAAUACUGGUGAAAAUUAUAAGAGAGUUCAAAAAUAUCGUAUCGAAUAAAAACAUUAGUGCAAUUACGAACAAUUUGAGAGUGAAAAUAAUUGCUCGAAUUUGACUAAACAAAACGAAGAUGAGUAAAAGUGCAUAAGAAGAAUAGAAAAGGGAAAAUAAAAAUUUAACUGCCGACAAACAACCAACAACACAGCAUAAGCAAAAGAAAACAAGCAAAAAGGAAGCUUAGUAUUAAGCACACAGAAAAAAGAACAGUAAAAAAUACACACAAAAUAUUUUUAUAAAAUAUUAAAAAAGAGGAAAACAAGUGCUGAAGAAAUCUAUGAAAAGUUAAUUAUUAUUGUCAUAAUACAAAAAAAAAAACAAAAAAGCAAAAGUGUAUUUUUUGUUGUUGGCUGAUUUGGCCACACUUGAGGCUGGUGUAUGCUAUCUCUAAGCGCACUGCUGACCAAGUACACAGUUGGCAUCAUGAAUAACCUGGGAAAUAAUCAACAUAACAACGCAGUCGGUGGCGGCGCCAGCGCUGGCAACAUUGCACAACAUCCAGCUGCCGAAGGUGUAAUGGAAAGGGGCAGUUGCUUACUGCGCUAUGCAAGCCAAAAUUCGCUAGACGAGAGCUCGCAAAAACACAUACAACGUCCUAAUGGCAAAGAUCGCUCGGUCGGCCAGUACCACAAUGAACAACACACCGCACGAUCCUUUGAGGCCAUGAACGAGAUGCGAAAAAAAAAUAUACUCUGUGAUGUAAUUUUAGUUGCGGAUGACAUUGAGAUACACGCACACAAAAUGGUUUUGGCUGCGUGUAGUCCCUAUUUUUGUGCCAUGUUUACCGGGUUUGAAGAGUCUAAGCAGACUCGUAUAGCCCUCAAAGGGAUUGACUACCGCGCAUUGGAACUGUUGAUCGAGUACGUAUACACAUCCACGGUGGAAGUGAAUGAGGAUAACGUACAAGUACUACUGACUGCUGCUAAUCACUUGCAAUUGACUGACGUUCGUGACGCUUGCUGUGAUUAUUUACAAACACAAUUAGAUGCCAGCAAUUGCCUGGGUAUCAAAGAAUUCGCUGAUAUGCACGGCUGUGUGGAUUUAUUCAAUUAUGCAGAUACGUAUAUUGAACAACACUUCAAUGAAGUCAUACAGUUUGAUGAGUUUCUUAACUUAUCACAUGAGCAGGUUAUCAAUCUUAUAAAAAAUGAUCGUAUAUCAGUAACAACAGAGGAAAGAGUAUUUGAAUGUGUGAUAUCUUGGAUACGUUAUGAUCCCGCCGUACGCGAGGUGUACACCUCAGAUUUAAUGAAACAUGUGCGAUUGCCGUUUCUUUCAAAAGAAUACAUAACGCAACGCGUUGAUAAGGAACCUUUACUGGAUGGCAACCUUAAUUGCAAAAAUUUAAUAAUUGAAGCGCUGACAUAUCACUUAUUUCCAAACGACACCAAAUCUGCUCGCACAAUACCAAGGAAACCAGUAGGCCUGCCAAAAAUAUUAUUAGUUAUCGGCGGACAAGCUCCUAAGGCCAUACGUUCAGUUGAAUGUUAUGAUCUGAGAGAGGAAAAAUGGUAUCAAGCUGCAGAAAUGCCCAACCGUCGUUGUCGUGCUGGCUUAUCUGUUCUGGGUGAUAAAGUUUAUGCUGUGGGUGGCUUUAAUGGUUCUUUGCGUGUACGUACUGUUGACGUUUAUGAUCCAUCUACUGAUCAAUGGUCGGCAUCGAACAGCAUGGAAGCCAGACGUUCGACACUGGGUGUUGCUGUGCUUAACGGUUGUAUAUAUGCUGUCGGUGGAUUUGAUGGUACAAGCGGUCUUUGCAGUGCAGAGGUAUUUGAUCCGAAAACAGAAAUUUGGCGCUUUAUAGCACCUAUGUCUACACGGCGUAGUUCUGUUGGUGUUGGUGUUGUGAAUGGUCUCCUUUAUGCUGUUGGUGGUUAUGAUGGUUUCUCACGGCAAUGUCUCUCAUCGGUCGAGCGUUACAAUCCCGAAACCGAAAAUUGGACAGAAGUAGCAGACAUGUCCGCACAUCGGAGUGGUGCUGGCGUUGGUGUUCUGAACAAUAUAUUGUAUGCUGUUGGCGGCCACGAUGGGCCGAUGGUGCGUAAAUCCGUUGAGGCAUACGAUCCGGAGGUAAAUCGUUGGUAUUCGGUUUCUGAUAUGGCGUUCUGUCGUCGCAAUGCUGGUGUUGUAGCACAUGAAGGACUGUUAUAUGUUGUUGGUGGAGAUGAUGGCACAUCAAACUUAGCAUCUGUUGAGGUUUAUUGUCCCGAAACUAAUACUUGGCGUAUUUUGCCCGCUGCUAUGACUAUUGGUCGCAGUUAUGCGGGCGUGUGUAUGAUAGAUAAGCCCAUGUGAAUGGAAGAGCAGGGUGCGACAGCACGACAACUAUCGGCAGCAGCAAGUGGUAUCGUAGAUGAUGAAAACAGCCAAGCUGAAGGCACUGUUGAAGGCGCUAUUGGUUUUGCUCGUAACGAGUCAACCAAUAACAAUAAUAAUGGUGCACAACAACAACAGCAAAAUCAUCCACACUAUGAAAAUAUCUACGAAUCCAUUGAACAAUAUAAUGCUGCUAUUGGUGGCGCAGUUGCCGGUGCAGCUGCUGCCAUUGCUGUCGCCCCUGCUGAUGACUUACCACAACACUUACACCAACAGCCACAAUCACAACAACAACAACAACAACAAACACUAAAUGAAGUUAUUGCUAACCCAACCGCCAACACCACAACUCCAAACCAUAACAAUAACAACAAUAACACAAGUAACGUUAAUAAUAACAAUGCACUACAACAACGUUUAUUAUCGAGCAUACAUUACCGCAACGAUUUAUACGAUCGCACAAACACUAACUCACCUGCAUAUGAUGUGCCACGUUCAGUUCGUUCGGGUCUAGGUUUUCGAAGAAACUUUCAGUUAGACCUACAUGGAGCGAAUCGUUUCAAUGGAGCACGUUACACUACUGGAUCAUCUGCUUAUACUUGCCCACGCCAACGUAGCUUUGAUGACACAGAGUCACAUAAUUACUAUAAUUUAAACUAUCAACCGUCACUACGUUAUGAAAAUAUUUACGAACAAAUACGCGAUGAGCCCAUCUACCGAAAUACAGGCAGUGGGGCGCGCGUUUAUGGUCGUCUAAAUGUGAUUGGACAUGGAAUUGGUCGCAUUGAACGGCAUUUAAGCUCCUCUUGCGGUAAUAUUGAUCAUUUCAAUUUAGGCGGCCAUUACGCAGUAUUGGGGCAUUCUCACUUUGGCACAGUUGGUCAUAUACGCUUAAAUGCUGGUAGUAAUAAUAGCUCAAGUAGUAGCACAACUAGUAGUGUCUUAAGCAGUAAUAGUGUCAGUAAUGGAGCCGCCAACGUUGUCAUGUCAACAAAUCAAAAAGAUGCUAAUAACGUCAAAAACAGUGCUUCAUCUUUCUUUAGCUGCUUGCACGGAGAAAACUCUCAGAGCAUGAGUAACAUUUAUAGAGCAACCACUGGUGCAACCAACGGUAAUGUUUUACAACAAGCAUCAGUGAUUAAUGGUACUCCUAAUAUGUCUAAGGAACGUGAAACUAGAUCAGCUUCAGCAGGUCCUUUAACUGCUGUAGCCAGCACAGUUGUUCAUGAUGCGAUUCAGACUUUGACAACCAAUCGACAAACUGGCGCAAUACCAAAAAUCAAAAAUGCAAACGUUAGUGCCAACAAAAGCAAUAGCCAAACUUCAACUGCAGAAAAAUCUAUAACCGUCAAGAAUGCUGUUAAUAAAAAGACAUCGAGUACGGUCGCACAACCAAGUUCAGUUAAAAGUAGUGCUGAACACAAUAACGGUACAUUGAAUCGCAUAUCCAAAUCGAGCCUCCAAUGGUUACUAGUUAAUAAAUGGCUACCCUUAUGGAUUGGACAAGGUCCCGAUUGCAAGGUAAUCGACUUCAACUUUAUGUUUUCACGUGAUUGUGUUGGUUGUGAUGGUACCACGUCAACCUCACAACUAACAAAUCCCUAUGGUACACCACGCCUAGGCAGGAUGCCGCAGGAUAUAGUACGUUUCAAUGCACGUGCUGAAAUGCAUGCUCCUUGCGCCGCAGCUGCGGCUGCAGCUGCCUUACGACGGGAAAGCACUUUACAACAGCGACCAUUGCAUAGUACAUUAAAUCGUCUACGUGAAGCAGAAAUUCCUUCAAACAACACCAACCGUCGGGAGUUCUAUCGCUAUGAAGAUCCUUCUUACGAAAAUGUACAUGUUCAGUGGCAAAAUGGUUUCGAAUUUGGGCGUUCACGUGACUACGAGCAUAGCUAUCAGCAACAACAACAACAGUCCCGCCCGCAAUUGCAACGUGCGCGUUCCGAAAGUCCAAAUUUCAAUAAUCAACAGCAAAGACGAUUGCGUGGCAAUAAUAGUACAAGCAGUCAAGUAAAGUAUGGAGAUCCUUUCAAGAGUUAUAAACUUAACACAGAGAAUAAUACCUUUAAACCCAAAAACACGAAAGUCCAAAACUUGGAAAAUGUUGAAGUGACAAAGUGUGACGGAACGACGACAACGACAACAACAACAAUGAACACAUCUGAUGCUAUUGUUGUCACCAAUAGCUCUGCUGGUUCUCCUCCCGUCAACACUAACACAGCAACUCUAACGAUGCCAACACUAAUACAGCAACAAGCGAUCGAUUGUGAUGAACUUGAAGGAGCUGUUGGUGAGAACUUGAGCCCCAUUUCAAUAGUUUUGGUCGAUUCCAACGACGUUGCAACAACAAUUUCGGGUGAAGAGAUGGUUGUGGAAAUUGCAACUACUGUUAGUACCGCUAGUUCCUCCAACACCCCAUCUGGUACUAAUGCAGCAGAUAUUGAGACUGACACAGCAAACACAAAAACAACAAAUAACACUGAACAACAAAAUGAUGACUAAACACACAAAAACUGAAAGUAUUUUUUACGUUUAUAGAAAUAUACGUUACCUAUACGAGUAUAUAUUUUUUACAAUUUU